UGAAUGACUAAAGACAUGAGUGAUUUACCUACACACUCAUUUGGACAUAAUGGCUCACAUUAUAAAGUCAGACUGAAGAAGCGCGCGCCCGAGCUGUUGGAUGGUGGCGGGGUGGAGGGAGAGGUUGACUGUGACAAGCCACAUGCCUUCAGAGUGCACACGUUCAAGGGCCUCAACUGGUGCGAGUUUUGCGGCAACUUUCUGUGGGGAUUCACAGCCCAGGGGGUCAAGUGUGAAGAUUGUGGCCUAUCAGCGCACGCCAAGUGUGGGGCUAGAGUGCCAGCUGACUGUUGUCCCAGGCUCAAACAGAUGCGAGGCGUUUUCGGAGUUGAUCUCACUUCACUGCUCAAGGUGUGACUGCGACGUGAGAGGGGACCGAACACAAGUGUGACUGUGAGGUGAGAGGGGACCGAACACAAGUGUGACUGCGACGUGAGAGGGGACCAAACACAAGUGUGACUGCGACGUGAGAGGGGACCAAACACAAGUGUGACUGCGACGUGAGAGGGGACCGAACACAAGUGUGACUGCGACGUGAGAGGGGACCGAACACAAGUGUGACUGCGACGUGAGAGGGGACCAAACACAAGUGUGACUGCGACGUGAGAGGGGACCGAACACAAGUGUGACUGCGACGUGAGAGGGGACCGAACACAAGUGUGACUGCGACCGACCUUGAGUGCAAUGUCCAUGACAACAACCAUCGCCAGUCCAUUAUCAAAGUGGUUGACUGCAAUCUACAAACCAGACAAGUGAUUAGAUGACUGUAAAGCUAUUGCCAUCAUUGGAUAGUUUCAAGAUGAAUAUCUCCACCACUGAGAGGGAUCGGUUGGGUCUCUUUACCCAUGAGUCAGUGAUGAGCGCUUUGGUGAGAGAUCUAUUGUCAACAUCGGCUGACCAAUUGCCCACAUCCCCGGCUAUUAAGUGCUUUACUUGUUUAGUUAUCAGUGAUUCUGAUACUCCCUUGAAAAUCCAUGAGCUCAAGAAACUAUCUGAAUCAAUAAGAGACACCUAUAGUAAUAAUUCGUGCUACAGAGGUGGCUCUGUUGAUUCAGUACAGUCUAGACUAAAUUCUCUAUCAUUGAUCAAUCAAGAGUUGUCUAUUCCGUUGAACCUCCUUCCAAACAGCGUUGAAGCUGUGGAUGAAGAAAUUUCUGGUGUCAAGUGUUUGAAAAGUGAAUGUUUUGACUGUCAGAUAACCUCUAGAUUUGCUUUAGAUAAUAUUCUAGAUUACAUUAACAAUUUGGAAAAAUUGAGAUCAAACACCUCUGAUAAACUUCAACUGCCUAAUGAGCUGCACCGAUAUGGGUUUAUCAAGUUAGUUGAAUCUCUCAAGGAUACCAGUAUCACUUUCCUUAAUCUUAGUGGUAAUGAAAUAGAUUGUAAUUUGCUGAUUGAUCUAUUCCAACACUUGCACGGCACACAAAUAGAAUCACUUGAUUUGAGUAAAAAUGAAAUCGGCCACAAAGGGUUUGAGUAUUUGAAUAAAGCUCUGAAAGAAACUCAAAUAUCCUCUUUAAAUGUGAGUGGAAACUGGCCAUACGGAGUGAAAUGUAGAAAACAUUGCUCUGAAAUUGAGAAUUCAGAGGAAAAAGAAGAUGAAGUGAUUCCAUGUAAUAGUCAGUGUUACGUUACUGAUAUUCUAGAAAACUCGGCUACAACAUUCCUUGAUCUUAGUUACUCCCUUGUUAUAAACCCUGAAUACGUAACAUCAAUUUUGAGAAACUCCAAAGUAGAACAUCUAGAUUUUACUUCUUCAAAAAUAAAUGUUCAGAGUUUUGGAUUAUUUGCACCAUACUUGGUAGAUUCAAAUGUUACUACCCUCAAUCUGGCCGGUUGUAAACAGCUAGGCAACGAUGGCUUGAAAAUUUUGGCUCCGCUGCUGAAAAACACCAACAUUCACACGCUUAAUGUUAGCUGCAAUAAGAUAAAUGGGGAUGGCUUGAAAGUAUUGGCUCCAAGUUUGGUGGAUUCAAAGAUAACUUCUUUGAAUAUAUCUGAUAAUCCACUUAAUAGUGGCAGUGAAAGUGAAGGUAUAAGUAGUCUAGCACUUGUUCUACCAAAAACAAAAAUAUUCUCACUUGAUUUAAAUUGUUGCCAUCUUAGCAAUAGAAGCUGUGAGAUUUUAUCGGCCUGUCUGCUCCAUACAAAAAUAACGUCGCUCGGUUUUGCGAAUGAUGUUCCAAAUGAUAAUGGUGUAGAAUCAUUAGCUGUUGCUUUGAAAAACUCGCAAAUUAGUUCAAUCUGUGUUGGUGGUAUUCAAAGAGCCUUUGUUCAGUUACUUUCAUUAUGUGUGGUGGGCUCUCAACUAACAAAUAUAAAGUUAUUCUGUUGUAAAAUAGACUGCUCUCUUAUGAAGGAUUUAGUAAAUGUUGUGAAGAAUUCCAAUAUUACAUCAAUACAUCUUAUAGGCACUUCCAUGAACCGUGACUGCAAAGUUAUGGAAAUAUUUGUGUCAUGUUUGGUUAAUUCAAAAAUACGUCAUUUGCAUUUGGAAGAUUCAGGCUAUAAAAUGAGCAUUGGGGCUGUGAAAUGUUUGGCACUUGCUCUAAAAAAUACAGAAAUCUCCUCGCUUGACCUCAGUAGGAAUGCAUUGGACAGUGAAAGUUUGAAGGUUUUGGCACCAUGUUUGGUAGGUACGAAAUUGACCAGUCUUAUACUAGAAGAAAAUGAAAUGGAUCGGGUACCGGAAUUGAUUGAAACAGAAUGGUAUCCGAAUUGGGAUGAAAUAAAUUAUAUUGGUGUUAAAUAUCUGGCUCAGGCUCUGAAAAGUUCAGAAAUAACAAAUCUGAAUCUUGCCGAAAAUGAUUUGACAUGCAAAAGCCUACAGAAUCUUAUAUUGAGUUUGCCAUAUACAAAAAUUGAAACUCUCAAUCUCAGUGGUAAUUCUGUUUGUUGUAAUAAGUUUUAUUUGGCUGAUAUUUUAAUGAGGACGAAAAUUAGUUCACUAGAGCUUGGCUCUCAACGAGACUCAUAUUGGAUGUACCAAGGUUCAUUUGAUACUGAUACCUCAAUCAAUCUACAAUCAAAAAUGCGAUGUAUAUUUGCUUUGUAUUAUUUUUCACAUAUAAACAUAUUGCAUACUCAGAAUAUCACCUCCCUCAACCUCAGUCACAAUCAGAUUUCUUGUUGUGGAGAACUGAAAAAACUUUGUAAGUCUUUAUCAGGCUCGCAAGUCGCUUCACUAGAUCUCAGUGGCAACAGCAUCAACUGCGAUGGCAUUUAUUAUCUAGCGCAAGUGCUUCAACGCUCUAAAAUUAUUUCAUUGAAUCUAGGAAAAAAUGAAAUUUCUUCCAAUGGUGUGAAGUAUUUGGCUAUGAAUUUUCCGGGGUCCCAGUUAGAAAUAGUAGAUCUAUCAUACAACUUGAUUACAGACGAGAGCAUUGAGUACCUAUCUGAGAAUCUUGUGAAUACAAAACUUGUCCAUCUUAAUCUUAGUGGAAAUCAGGUUGGAUAUCAAACUGUAUAUCACUUGUGUGAAAGUGCUGCUGAGAUCAUUGUUCAACUUGACUCUGAUUAUUUGAUCAGUUAUCCAGGUUGUAUAAUUGAGAUUAAACAAAUUUCUCUUGAAAAAGGGAUUGACCAUUUAAUUGAUUAUGUCAGUGAUAAAACUGAAGUUACAAAAGUGUACAUCCAAUCCAGAAGUAGAAGUGUUCGUAAUGGAUCAAACUGGUUCAAUCUAGCCGAUCUAGCUAGCAUUGCGCAUUUUAGUAAAAUCAACAUCACUGAAAUCGAAAUGGUUAUGGGUUCUUGUUUUCCAUAUUCAAUAUUCAAAAAUAUCACUCAUUUGAAACUGAAUCAAACAUACGUAGAUGAACCUGGUAAAAAUGGAGAGAUAAUUAUUGAACUAAGACUUCAAAACAUAGAACAAAUGAGUAAAUAUAAUCUUGAAGACUUUAGAUUCAACAAUAUUAUGUAUCUCGAUCUCAGCAAUAAUAAUCUGAAGGAUGACAAAUUCAAAUAUCUUGCUCCAGCAUUUAGUAAUUACUACUCUAUGCAAAGAAACAAUUGCCUCAUUUCCUUGAAUUUGAGCAAUAAUCAAUUGGGAGUAGAAAGUGCUGAAAUACUUGCAAGAGAAGUCCUACCAUUUGCACGAGCCUUAACCUACAUUGAUCUGAAUGGGAACAAUAUCGGGUAUUCAGGAUUCAAGUCUCUUAUGAAUGUAGUUGACAAAACUAACCUGUGUUGGCUUUCGUUGGGAGAAAACAAUAUUGAAGACCAAUUGCAGGAAGACAUUGAACUAUCUCCUUACAUUGUGCCCCGAAAUGCUGAUGAAAUCCCAGUUGCAUUCCAAGUGAGGUACUUAUUCAUGCAGCUGGUGUCGUUGAACACAUCAAGUGGUGAACUGGAAUUCACAGUUCCCACAAUCGACUCAAAUCCUCCUGUCAAUAUCACGCAUUAUCCCAAACUGAUUAGAAUCUAUAACUUAUUUGAAAAUGAUGUAAAAUAUCUUAACUUGAAUGUUUAUGACUAUUUUUACAUGAAGAGUAAAAAACACGACAAGCAGCUUAUGGAGAAAAUAGAUAACUUUGUAAAAGAAUUGGAAAAAAGGUUUCUUUCGUUCUUUGACAGCAACUUGACGAUACUCGAACAGGCAUUUGGCUAUGAGAGCUUUGUUCUUCUCGUUAAAGAAUGUGAACGCUCUGGGUUGACUAGAUGUGUUGAAUCUCUAUUACUUCAUAGAGUCUUGUUUUAUGUGGAUGACGAUGGAGAGAUAUUGCACCCGUUUAUUUAUAGAAUGAUGCUAAGGUACAAUAUACCUCUUUAUAAUGAACGAAUGGAACCAAAUAAGAGGGACCAAAUAAUUUCUUAUUUCCGGAAUCAUUCCGAAUUUGAAGAAGCUCAGACAAUUGUUAAUUUGCUAGCUUAUAACUAAGAAAGAUGACGUAUUUUGCGUAAAAAUAUUUAUCAAAUCUACUCAUAACUGUUAUGAAUGAAUUUCGUGUUAUUUUUCUAUACAAUAACUAGGCCUAUAUAUAAUUAUUACUAUAACUUUAUUAUUCUAGUAAUUAAAUAUAUGUCAAUAGAUUAUUUUUGGUGUGUUUGCUAAUAUGUAUUUAUACGUGCGAUACAUUUAUAAGUAUUGUACAAAAAUUCCAAACAUUAUUAUCAAUUCUCAUGAUAUUGUAAAAGGAAUUAUUACUUGAAAAUUCAGUUGGUUGUAUUUAUACUAUCUUAGAAAAUGUAUUUGUUUUAUAUUUGCUUCCAUACAUAUAUUUCCCACAUAGGAAAGUGAAUAAAACAGGUGUAUUAAAUAAUAAUAAUUAUUCAUUAAAUAUAAUUAAAUCUGAAAAAAUUCAGUUUGUUCAAAUGUGUCUCAUAAUCACUAAUAAUAUUUUUUUUAUUUGAUAUUCAUAUGAAAAUUGUAUUCAAUAGCUUGAGUCAGUUGUGGUUCCAUAUAAUCAUUUAAUUUUCAUAAUGGUGCCAAGUUCAACUCCAAUUAUUUGAAUAUUGCUCAUGAAUGUAUAUCUCAGUUUCCUCCUAAUGAAGCAAAUCUUUAAGAUGUAAACAUGUAAGGAUCAAUAUUGGUUUUUGGUUAUAAUUUGCUGUAUUGAUUAGAUGUAUUGAUUAUAGAACUGUCAAAUCUUGCUUUACUAUUUUAACAAGAAUUGUAUCAAUUAUGGAGAGCGCUCCACAAUUAAGACAUCAGUUUCAAUGCAAUGUUUCAUUUAUUUGUACAUUUGUCUAUCUAUAUGCAUUACUUUACACUGUGACUAUCACUAUGAUUAUCUCAUGUCGUAAGGCAAAAAUAUGAUUGAUUCUUGAAUUUCUCAUGCUGCUAGUAAACAGAGUAUAGUCAUGUUUAUAUGCCGUAACUUUCUAGAGUUAAUUUUAUAUUUCGUGCUAAUUUUGGUAAAACUCACCAAGUCCAAAACUAGUAUUGAGUUAGGAACAUGAAAAGUCUUUUCAGCAGCAAUGUUUAGUUGGUAGGCCUACAUGCUAUAAUCAAAUAUCAUAAUCACUAAUAUUUUUUGUUUGAUAACUAUAUUAAAAUAAUUACUAAGAUAAAUACCAUUUUAUUAAUGAAUGUAAUUUAUUCGUGAAAAACGAAACCUGAAUGUGAAACGGUGAGCCUAUUUCUGAAUGGUUCACUAUAGAUGGCUAUUAUAUUUUGCUUGCUGUAAAUAACAAUGUGUUGGCCAUUUUUGUUUUGAAUGCAAAACUCACCAAAUGUGUUGAAUAAGUUAUCAUAUUAUUUCAUAAAGCUCUCUGUCUUAUGAUAAUAAAAACCUCAUUGAUGACUGCUAGGAAAUUCGUGAUUUUUGUGCCUUUUGUGAAUAUUUGCCUUUGGUGAAAUUUGUCCAACAAGAAAAGUAUGUCUAUCAACUUAGUGAGAUCUGAUAAAUAUGGAAAUAUUUGAAUAAGAAAGGUAUGACUUUAUGAAUUUUUACUAUUAGAACAUUGUAUUUCCAGUCUAUUGGAAAGCAUAACUGAAAAUGAGCUAUUUCUUACUUAGUAAGUUCUUCCAGAACAGGCACGAUUUUUAAGGGAUGUGUGUUAAUAACAAUACAUGGUGAACAGGAUGGCCUAAUAAAUUUUAUGAUAUAAUCAUAUCCUAAGUUUCAUGUUUGAUUUUUAUUUGGUCUGUCAUUUUCUUUUGGUUGAUAUUUGCUUUUUAAGCUCCAUUUUUCAAGAUUGAUUCACUUGACACAAAAACCGAGAAUAUUUCGCAUACAGUGUUUAUUUGUUCUCUUUCGCAUAAAUGUACUUUUAUUGUGUUUACUUCGGAAUAUAUAUUUAUUUUAAGAAAUUUCCAGGUUCAUAUUUUUUGUGAAAGUAAUGAGAAUUUUAUUCAGUCUUUUUACAAUAUUAUCAAUUUUGAAGUAGUGAAUGUUCCAUUGCAAAACUUUCAGAUCAUACCAUAUGACUAAGAAUUUUUGUUUCAAUGAGAGAGACUGUACUUGAAAAAGUGUAAUAAAUACUGUAUUUGUAAUUUUUA